UCCUCUGGACUCUUACAGGUAGUGCCUGCGCAGGCAACAUGACGGGUAGCCGUGAAUGGGUGGAGAAGAAUUUUUUGAAAUCCAUGCAAGGCUUGAAUUUAAGCGACCUCUUCGCUCUGAACCCAAACUUUUCUGGGUUCGAAGUGUUGGACCUCCUCACUCCACAACUGCUUGCUGAGUUGACUGUGAGCCCACAAGCAUGGUUCAACGCGGACAGGAUCGAUCAGAUCUUUGAUACCCUCACCGAUCGAAACUUCAGCGACCUAGAUACCUAUUUCACAUAUUUUAAUUACGAUACACGCAUGAUGAACAUCACAACUUUUGCUAACACUACAGUGAGGGAUCGGAUGCUACACAGGAUCAUACGGCUGUUGCAACCCUUGUUUUCAUCAUUUAAUGCUUCUGACUUCGCAAAGUGGUUUCAGGACAGUUUAAUUAUGUUGUUGCCCAGUAUUACAGGAAGCAAUCUUGGAGCAAUACCCACCAGCAUAUCCUGUGAAUCUUACCGAGCAAUAAUCCAAGGCCUGGAUAAUUUGUACCCAAAUUUAUCGAAGUCACAACUCAAUGAUGUUUACAACUUUAGUAGAACUUUUUUGAAUUUGCAAUCUGACUCACAUGGAAUUGGAUCAGUUCCCUGUACUGAUAACACAACUGGACUUCGUGACUGGUUACAAAAAAACUUCCUGAAAUUCGUGGCAGAAAUCACCUUCUCAGACAUGCCAUUUAUAAACACACAAUAUUAUCUGUUCGAAAUAUUGGAUCUGCUCAGCAUACCAGAACUCUCUGGACUGACUGUGGAAUCAUUGAAUCAUACUUCACGCAUCAACCAGAUCAUUGACAUCCUGAGAAAUAGAACCUACGGUGACUUGAUCGGAUAUGUUACCCAAUUUAUCAACGACACGAGAGUGAGGAACAUUACUGCCAUUCAACCAUUCUCAACAAGUCGGGCAAUAUUGACAGGGAUUAUAUCGCAGCUCAGAUCGUAUUUUACAAGAUUUAAUGGUGCAGAUUUUGCUGAGUGGUUCCAGGACAGACUGCAUCUGCUGCUGCCUGCAAUUGACUACAAGUUGUUGGAGUUGAUACCCACGGAUAUAUCCUGUGAAUCCUACCAGGCAAUAAUGAAAGGACUGGAUAAUGUGUACCUACAUUUGACCCUGGCACAGAAUCAUGAUAUUUACACUUUCAGUAAACGUUUCCUAAGUUUCCAGCACAGUUUAUCAGGUUCUGUAGGCAUCGCUUGUGCCGAAAACUCGAAGGGAACCCUUGAAUGGAUCAUCAAAAACUUUUUAAGAUUCGUGUCAGAAUUUCAAUUCCAUGACUUCACAGAUCUGAAUAAGAACUUCUCAGCUUUUGAUGUGCUGGAGUUCCUCAGCGCAAAGCAGUUGGCUGAACUGACUGUGAGCUCCGACGUGUUGAAUAACACCAGCAAAAUCACCCAGAUUCUCAACGUACUCAUCAGCAGAGAUUUCAAUGCCUUGGUCGUCUACCUCAACCAAUUUGUCCAUGAUGCACAAAAGGUGGGCAUCACGGCAAUUCAAAACCCAGUGGUGAGGAGCUUAAUGCUGAGCAGAAUCUUUCAGCAGCUGAGACCACAAUUUCUACUGUUUGACGCAAGCGAUUUCAUUGACUGGUUUCAGUAUAAAUUAACUUUGCUGCUCUCCAGUAUUACUCACAAUGAGCUUGACACAAUCCCCACCAACAUAACCUGCGAAUCUUACCAAGCGAUAGUGAAAGGACUGGAAAAUGUACAUUCCAAUUUAUCAAUGGCACAACAAGAAGACAUCUCCAAUUUUAUCAGAAAACAUUUGGUUUACCGGGUUGAUUCACCAGCAUGCACUGCCAAUACUAAUGGAAGUAUACCGUGGCUCCUGAUUAACUUUGGCAGAUUCCGGUCACUUUUCACCAUUAGAGAAUUCCUAUCUCUGAACAAGGACUUCGUUGGCGUCAUUGCCAGAGAAUUAUUGACGAUUACGCAACUGGGACAAUUGGCCGGUACAAAUGGAGCUCUGCGAGAUAUUGAUGAGGUGCAGAAAAUUCUCAGUGUCAUCACAAGUGAUACGGUUACCGAGUUUGUCGAAGCAUUCAGAGCUGCCGUUAAUCAGAGCCAAGUGAUGUUCCCUCCUGGUGUCGGCGCAGCGUUGUUGAAACAGGUGUUGGAGCUUUCUCAAUCGGCCCUUUCAAACGCCAGCAGCGCUGAGCUCUGGGUGUGGUUUGGCUCGAGGUUACAAGUACUGCUGCCCAGCCUCACUGAAGAAAUCGUGCCUUUGGUCUUUGUCUCCAAGAGCUGCAAUGGCUUUGAUGUCAUUGUUACAACACUGAGCUCAAUAAAAAGGAAGCUGGAUAGCAGUGUUCAAGAAGCUAUAUAUGAAAAUAUAUUAGCUUAUGAUAAAGCAUUCCCUCUCCUCUGCUAUGAGAACACCAGCUUUGUUUUUUAUCUCUACGACCAUUACCAAAAUUAUUCUGAAUUUCUAACCCUGAAGGAUACGUUCCUGCAGAUUCCUUCGAAUCGCCUUGCUGAGGUGUUGAGAACCAUCGAUCCCAUUGAUUUUGCUGAUCUGUUGAGCAGGCCUGAAUUCAUUGAUGACGACAAGAUUUUGAUCACAGUGUUAUCCCGUUAUCUAUCCAGACAGAAUGUGGAUACAUUCGUCGAUAAUUUCAACAUAAAGACCCGAGACAGUCCGCUGACGGGUGAGAAUCGAGCUGCGCUCAUACAGGUUUUUUGGACGUAUUUUGCGACAGUUGUCCUGCCUGAAAACAAUGACACAGAGGUGGCGAAGUGGCUUAAUGUCAGGCUGCAGCCGUACCUACCGUUCAUCACCACCGAACUCCUCGUUUCCAACAUCACCCUGGGAAUCGAGUGCCUUCCCUACAGGAAAAUUGUUCAAGCAUUCGUUGGCCGCUAUGCUGACCUCUGCACAAUUAGACGGAAAGAAAUCUACAAUGGCAUCAGAGUUUAUCUACAAAAAGGUUCCAAACCAAAAUGCUAUGUUGCAAAUGAUACAGCCCUGAACUCCACUGCAUGGUUUGUUAACUACCUGGGACUAUUUAUGAAUCAAAUGUCUCUUGUUGAUCUUCAGUCCUUCUUUGAUAAUGAAGCACAGAUUCAAGAGUUUACAGCCAACCUUGAAAACCAGGCUCUCUUAGAAAGUCUGACAUUGUCCACUGAAGUGUCAAAGUUCUUCAUUAACUUGCUGGCGAAGAAUAAUUCCGUUUUUAACGCUUCAAGUUUGCCAAGCUCCUUGGUUUGUUUCAUUUACGGUACUGAUGUACUCACAUCCUUGAACGUGGAGCAAACUCUGGCCUUAAUCGGAAGAGUGAAUGAUGUUUGUGGGCUGAGCACUUCACCCAACAGAACUGCUGAUACAACGAUUCUGGCAGAGGAACAACGGAAGCUCUCAAUAUUUCUCGUGAGCAAGUUUGACAACUUCACAGUCAGCACUCUGAGUAGUUUUGGACAAACAGCAGUUGGACUGUCAUUCUCACAGAUUAGAAGCAUUGAAGGGAACAAUCUCCAGGAAGCUCUGCCAAGCCUGAGUAAAGUUAAAGGCUGGAAUAUGGGCCAGGCUAAAAUCAUCGUGGACAAGUUACUCAAACAGGACUUCCAGGUCAACAACACACAGAAUCUGCUGAGACUGGGCAGCUUGGUGUCAGGCAUUCCAACCAGGGUGUUCGCACGGAUUAAUCCAGAGGUGUUCAAAGAGCUAUUCACUGAAGUGACGUUUGUGGAGAACAUUGGGGCAGCACCGCAACCGAUAAGAUUGAUUUGUGUUCUGCAGGUGCUGAGGAGCGAGAAAGAUCCUCAAACAAUAGUGAAGAAAAUCCCGUCUGUUUUAGCCAAGGAAAUCCCUCCUGCGCUGUUAAAUUCAGACCUAAUUCUUGAAGAUGUGAACGACAAGCAGUGGGUUCCCAGUCAGUCUGCCGUGUUCUUUGAAAGAACUGUCCAAAUCAAUAUCAAUUAUGACAUAUUCUCACCCUCUGUCCUGCAAGGCUUCAGCUGCGGUGCGGUGAAGACACUGAAUUCCACUUCAUUUAUCCGGCUUGUUCAAACAAUGAAGGAGAAAAGGGUUGUGCUUGAUGAAAGUCAGCUGAGAUGUAUAUAUUUCAGACAAAAUUCUGAAAAGACACCAGUUGCCAUAGAUGCAUUGCCUCCUGAUGUUUUGCUAUAUUUCAACUCUGCAAACUUCAGAAAAUCUCAAAACUGCGAGGCAUUCUUCAAAGCUGUUGGAAAAGCAAACAUUAAUAUCUUACCGAAAGGUUCAACUAGAAGGCAAAAUCUGUUGGCUAAUGCCCUUACAUGUUUGAAAGUUACAGGCAAUGAUCUCUCAAGGAAGAGUGUGACAGUACUGGGUGGAUUGGUCUGUGAUCUCACAGCCUCAGUUAUCCCGGAAUCUGAUAUUUCCAUUCUGGAUCAAUUAAAGAAUUGUAUUUCAUACUCGGAAAGUCAAAAGACUGCAAUCGAAGCAGUACUGCAGAGUGGAAAAACCAGAUACAGUGCCCCUUCAUCAUGGUCAUCAACCACAAUAUACGAAUUAGGAAAUUUGCCUUUGACUUUGACUAGCACUUGGAGAGAAGUAAAUCCGAAUGUCGUUAAUGAAGCACUCCCAAGAUUUAUCAAGAAAAUGAAAGCAUUGAUACCACCGAGUGAUGUGCUGGCAUUCAUAGAUGUCAUUUAUCGACAGCUGUAUUUACAAAAGCCAUCAAAUGCCGCAACAAACUGUACAUUGGGGCAGAUAACAGCAGGAGACAUUAAUGAUUUGACACCAGCCAUUUACGAUGCAAACCAGCUAAACCUUUGUUUGAGUGAUCGUGUGUUGGAAAAUAACGUCCUUCAACUGGGGUCUCUAUCCUGUAAUCCCUCUCAACUGGAGGUUCUGAAAAACAGACUGCUGCAGAUUUUCCCCAAUGGGUUGCCGGAAGACAGGAUUCAACUUCUGGGGAACAUUUCCACAGUGUUUAAUGCAAUGGACGUGAAUAGUUGGAAUAUCAGUGAUGUUGAUACUCUUUCUGAACUACUGAUGCCACAACUACAAAAUACAAUCGUUGUAUCCAUCAUAACAAGAUACCUGCAGUUAGGUGGAAGCUUAAAUGCUGUUGCUUUGAAAGCUAUUGGUGGAGUAAACUUGUGCUUUCUGAAUGAAAGCCAGUUCAUAAUUUCAAACCUAACGGAUGCUGGAGCACUGGACCUCUCUACUUGCACACAGUCAGCAAAAGACUUACUUUACAUCGAAGCAUUCUCCGUACUUGGAUCUCAACAAGGGGACCCAAUCCCUUACUUCAACCUCAUAAAAGCAUACAUAGGUGGAAUUCCUCUGGGUGAUCUGGAAGCUCUUGCAAACAGAGAAGUGCAAAUGGAUAUUGCAACCUUUACAAGUCUGAAUCCCCAAGUAGUAAAGAACCUGACUGCCCAAAAUCUGAUCAAUUUGCUUGGGUACAACGUUCAAGCUCUUCCAAGUGCAGUCAAUGAAACUGUGUUAGUGGUCUGGGUGAAUUCACACUUUGAAUCUGAAGUCAGUCGGCUGGGUCUAUCAGGAGGGUCUCCAGAUCCUACACGAGAGAGAAUAUUUUGUGCAGACAAAGACAGUUCGGCUCUUAAUAAUUUCAUCACUAACGUUAAUCCUGAACAGUUCUGCAACUUUAACAUCACGGAAUAUGCAUGUGCGAAGACUGAUUUACUGAACCGUGGCAUAAAUAGUGAUGCCUUGACGAGUAUUUUUGACUGCUUUAUUGGCGACCAGGCUCUGAAUAUCUCAGAUGAAACAGCGUUGACUGUUUUCUUGCAGAAGUUUAAUGAGACUACACUAAAUGAAGCAUUGGAGAAAUUGAAUAGGAAGACCCCAAACACAGAAACAAUUCCACUCCUGACGAAGGUCAUAUUUCUAAACUCUGUGUGGGACAUUGUGAAGACAAAUGAAAACUUAACUCAGUCGGACUUCCUGGCAGAAUUGUUCCAAGAACGACUCAGGCCAUUUAUUGCUGGCAUUACCCAGUCGGCAGUGAGCCCACUUCUAACGAGAAACCUAACCUGUGAUGGUUACCAAGAAGUUGUUAAAGGACUUACUAAUGGAUUCGGAGACAUGUCACAAGAAGUGAGAAGGACUGUCCUGAAAGAGUGGAUCUUUAAUUACCUAAAUACCACAGCGUUUUCUCUUAAUUGUUACGAAGAUCCAAAGUUUGUUGUAUUUCUGAGGGAUUCGUUUGAAAUUUUAGUUCGCUUUCUAACUCUGAAGGAUGUGUUUCCUCUGAUGUCACUUAACAUUGUGUCUGAGAUAUUGGAUAACAUCACUCCAAUGGAAACGAUUGAGAUCCUUCGCAGUCCCGGGUUCCUUGACGAUUACAGUAUUCUGGCCACCAUCUUAAUCAAUAUCUCUCCGAUCAAUAAGUUGACUGAACUUGCUUAUAUCUUCCUCGCCGAGACCGAAAAAACUAAUUUUACAGCUGCUGUCAUAGAUGGCAUCGAGCUUGAGUUUUCCAAUAGCUUGUCUGGAAAGGGUAACCCUGAGUUGGCUGAAUGGUUGAAAGGUGAAUUCAUUCCAUCUCUGGCUUUGAUUACUCGUACCUUUUUCACCACCAACGAUGACCAGCCAUCCAUUCCCUGCCAAACGUUCUAUAAAAUUGUUGGACGACUGAGUAAUUUCAAAGAGAAACUGAAUCCCAAAGAUCAAGAAAGCAUACAUGAAUCUCUAUCAAAUUAUGCGAAAGCAUUCCCACUACAUUGUUAUAACAAUACCAGUCUCACUCUAUACUUUAAGAAGUACUACCAAAAUUAUUUUGACUUAAUAUUUCUAACGGAUAUACUUACAAUGGUACCUCAUGAUCGUUUAACUGAGGUGUUGGAAAAUACUGACCCCAAGGAAUUGGUUGACCUGCUACUAAUACCUGAAUUCAUUAACGACCCAAAGGCUCUGCCCAACCUUGUGCUGAAAAUACGAUCCAAGGAGUAUCUGAGUGACCUCGUCACGGAAUUCGCCACCAAUAUCCAAGAAGAUUGGCAUUUCUUUAACGUCGUUGAGGGCAUGUGGGAUGUGUUUAACGGAAGCAUAUUUGAAAUCAAAGGCAUAGAUGUGAGGGAAUGGUUGAACGUCACAUUGAUUCCGGCCCUACCACUCAUCAGCAACUCCAUCCUCAACAACACCCGAAAAGUCCAGUGCUUUGCACUUAACGGAAUUGUUUCAUUACUGAGCACCUUCAAACAUCGGCUUACCCUUUCUGACCAGAGGAUCAUCUAUAACAAUUUCCUGAAGUAUGCAAGAGCUUUUCCUCAGUAUUGUUUUGAAGACUACAAUUUCCUUCUCUACCUGAAGCUCUAUCUCCAAAACUACAUCAGCUUUUUAACUCUGCGAGAUCUGAUUUCGUUGGUUCCUCCUGAUCGUGAAGUUGAGGUGUUGAAUAGUAUUGAUAUACGUGAAUUAGUCGACCUGCUGACUUCACCUGGAUUCAGUGAUGACUUUAAUACUUUAACAAAGGUGGUGCUCAAGAUUAAACCCAUCCAAAAUCUAACCCUGUUUCUCGAAAGUUUCUCCAAUGCAACAGACGAUAGCGAUCUUUUGGCUGCUGUAAUGGAGGGAGUGUGGAUUUGGUUUACUGAAGCCCUCCCUGAACUCAACGAUACAGAGGUGGAUGAAUGGCUUAAUGUCAGACUAACCCCCUAUCUGCCAUUUAUCGCCUCGAGCUCCUUGGUUUCCAACAGAACACUGCAAGUCCCGUGCCUUCAGUACAGGAGCAUUGUAAAAGCACUGAAUGUUCCAUACCUGAAGAUCAACUCAGAAAAAAGGCUUGAAAUCUACAAUGGGAUCAGAGUUUACCUGCUGCAAGGUCCUAAGCCAAAAUGCUAUAAUGCCAGUGAUCCCAUCCUGAAGUCCUCUGCUUGGUUCUCUCAAUAUCUGGGACAGUAUCUGAGUCAAGCGUCAGUCUCUGAUUUUCAAUUAUUUUCUGAUAAUGAGACUUUGCUUCAAGAGUUUGCAGCAAAUGAAGAAAACCUGCAACUUCUGGACAAAUUGACGUUAACGGAUGAAGUCGCGGCAGCCUAUAUUAACUUCCUGGCUAAAAACAAUCCAAAUUUUAAUUCUGCAAGUCUACCAAACUCUCUGCUGUGCUUCAUUGGCAAAACUAACCUGCUUCAGAAUCUGACUGUGCAACAAACGUUGACUUUAGUCAGAAGGAUAAACAAAGUAUGUGGGCUUAAUGUGCCAAGCAACUCAUCUACCGAUGGAGCAUCACCUCCUGAAGAGCCAACAGAUGAACAACUGAAGUUGGCGGUAGUUUUAGUGAGCAAAAUCGACAACUUUUCAGUCAGCACUUUGAACAUUUUGGAGCAAACUGCAGUCGGACUGUCGCUGUCACAGGUUGACAAUAUUGAUGGGAACACUCUGGAGCAAGCCCUGCCAAUCCUGAGCAACGUCACAGGCUGGAACAUUGGCCAGGCUAAUUCCAUCGUAAACAAGCUACUACAAGGCGGUUUUCAGGUCAAUGACACGGAUAGACUGCUGGGUCUGGGAAGCCUGAUUGCCGGUAUUCCCAGCAAUGUGUUCCGACGUAUUAAUCCCGAGAUAUUAAUCAAUGUAAUCUCAAACACGAGGUUUGUGCAGGACAUUCAAACAGCACCACAAUCUAUACAGACGAUCUGUGUUCUGCAGGUGCUGAGGAACGUCAACAACCCAGCCGCCACUGUGAGGAAAAUCCCAUCUGGUCUCGUCCAAGAGAUUCCAUCUGUGCUGUUAACCACCAACUUAAGCGUCAUCAAUGUCAACAAUAAACAGUGGGCUCCCAGUCAGGCUGCCGUUUUCUUUCAAGCUGUGGUCAAAUCCAACAACAAUUUUGAGACAUAUUCACAAGCUGUCCUCAGAGGCUUUAGUUGUGGUGCAACGAAAACCCUCCCAUUCCCAGUGUUCCUGAAGCUCGUUCAAGCAGUGAAGGAUAAAGAGGUUGUGCUGGAUGAAAGUCAGCUUGAGUGUAUGGCUGGAAGGCUCACUUCUGCAAAAACUGAUGUCACAUUGGAUGCCUUACCUGCGGAUGUUCUGCUGUUCAAUUAUCAAUACUUCAGGACUCGGUUCAACUGCCGGGAGUUCUUCAAGUUAGUUGGGAAAUCGAACGUUAAUACCUUACGGAAAGUAUCAGCAAGAAAGCAACGUAUUCUGAGUGAUGCCAAGACCUGCCUGGGAAUUACUGGCAACAAGCUGACGAAGGAGAGUGUGACCACAUUCGGUCGAUUGGUCUGUGAACUUGAUGGAUAUGCAAUCCUGGCAUCUGAUAUAACUAUUCUGGACGAAUUAAAAAAAUGUGGCACCUAUCAAGAAGAUCAGAAGAUUGCAAUUGAAGUUCUCCUCAGAAAUGGAAAAAGCAGAUAUGGUGUUCCUUCAUCCUGGUCCUCGUCUACGAUACAAAGCAUUGGAAAUCUUUGUUUGGCCUUGACUGACACAUGGAGUGAAAUCGACAGGCCAACCCUUGAUGCAGCUCUGCCAAGAUUUAUCAAGGAAAUCAAAAAAUCACAACCUCGUGAAGAAGUGUUGAGAUUUAUUGAACAGCUCAAGUUAGGAGGAAGGUCGAACAAUACUGCAACUUGUACAGUGGGAGUGAUAGCUCCUGAGGACAUCAAUGACCUGACGCCUGCAAUCUACAAUGCAGCCCAGUUGGACCUUUGUUUGAGUGAUGCUGUGCUGAAAGAUAAUGUUCUCCAACUGGGAUCUCUUGCCUUUGGUCAAACUCAGCUGAAAAUGCUGAAAAUGAGACUUCUACAGAUUUAUUCCAGUGGCCUCCCAGAAAACCAGCUACAACUGUUGGGCAACAUCUCCAUCGUGUUCAAUGUAACAGAAAUCAACAGCUGGAAUAUCACUCGAGUGGAGACACUUUCUGCAUUAUUGAGGCGAGAGCAGGAAAGCAUAACGGUUAAAGCCAUCAUUACAAGAUACCUCCGGUUCAAUUAUGUUCUUAAUGCAGUCUCUUUGAAAGCUGUUGGUGGAGGCAACUUGUGCAUUCUGGACAGAGAGCAACUGGUGAACAUUUCAAAUCUGACGGACGCCGGGGCUCUGGAGUUUUCUUCUUGUCCUCAGUCGGUCAAAAACCUCCUUUACAAUCAGGCCCUCCUGGCACUGAAACCUGAGCAAAAGAACCCCAUCACAUACUAUCAACUGAUCAAGGCGUAUAUUGGCGGUGCCACAACUGAUGACUUGAAGUUUCUUGCAAUUAAUAAAGUCAACAUGGAGUUUGGAAUCUUCAAGAAUUUGAAUCCGGAAGAAGUGCAGAAUCUGACCGCCCAGAACAUCAUCGACCUGCUCGGGUUUAACCUCCAAGCUCUCCGGAAUGGUGUGAAUGAAACUGUUGUGGUGGUUUGGGUGGCCUCAAACAAUGAGUCUGAAGUCCGCAAGCUUGGGUUGAAGGGCGGUAUUCCAGAUAAUUCAACAGAAGGAAGAUUGUGCCGCAGUGUGAACAGUUCGGCUUUGAAUGAUUUCCUGACUGCAGUUAAUGCAAGCCAACUAUGCAACUUCAAUAUCACACAGUUUGCAUGUGCAGAGCCUCAGCUGCUGCUUUUCGGUUUAAGCAGUAACCUCUUGUCAAAGGUGUUUCAGUGCUUCACUGGCCUGAAGCCUCUGAACAGAUCGGAUGAAACGGCCCUGACUGUUUUCAUUCAGAAGCUCAACAGAACCAAAUUGAUGGAGGCCCUGGACAUGUUCAACAACAAGACACGGAACACAACAUUAAUUCCCCUGAUGACAAAAAUAACGUUUCUGAAUGCCUUGUGGGAGGUGGUGAGGACCAGGGACAACUUGACCAGUCCCGCCUUCCUGAGGAAGUGGUUCCAGGAGCAAUUCCGGCCGUUCAUUGCUGGCAUUUCCCAGUCGGUGCUGAUGCAGUUGCUGAGAAGGGACAUCAGCUGUGAAGGUUACCGAGCAGUCUUAAAUGGCCUGAAUUAUGGAUUUGUUGAAAUGCCGCGUGUAACACGGGAAACUGUGCUGAGACAAUGGAUCUUUGGUUACCUCAACAACACAGCAUUCCCAUUGCGUUGUUUUGAAAAUGGCAGCGUUACCAUCUACGUGAAAAACUAUUUCCAAAGUUUUGCUGGUUUGCUCAAUCUGACGAAUGCAUUUUUCCUGACUCCUGAGGUGAUCAAUGUUACCGAUCCCCGUGACUUGGCUGAUGUGCUGAGCAUGCCUGGAUUCAUUGAUGACAACCAGAUCCUGACCAGAGUGUUAGUCCAUGUCCAACCCAUUCACAAACUGGCUGCAUUCGUGGACAGAUUCAAUGAAAGAACCCAAGAUAGUAAACUCUCAGCUGCUGACCGAGCUGCGAUCCUGCAGAGUGUGUGGCCUCUGUUCACCAGCAGUCUGCCUGUGCUCAACGUCACCCAGGUGGAUCAAUGGCUUCAGAUCAGACUAACUCCAUAUCUGCCAUUCAUCACCUCUGCCCUUUUGGCUUCUAACAACAGCCUGAGGAUCGACUGUCUUUCCUACCGCAAAAUUGUAAGAACGUUGAAUGAGCCCUACCAUGAACUUACUGCAGACAAACAGAGGGAAAUCUAUGAUGGCAUCAAAGCUUAUCUCCUGCAAGGUCCCAAGCCCAAGUGCUAUAAUGUUGCUGAUCCUACCCUGAACUCCACUGCCUGGUUUGCUCAAUAUCUGGGGCUUUACAUGAAUCAGAUAUCAAACGUGGACCUUCUGUCCUUCUUCAAUAAUGAAUCUGAGAUUCAACGAUUUGCUGAAAACCCUGAAAACUUGGCACUCUUGGCAAAUCUGAUGUUACCCAGUGAAGUUUCAAAGUUCUACCUCAACCUGGUGUUCAGAAACAACUCUAAUGUGAAUGUCUCAAGCCUCCCAGACUCUCUGGUUUGCUUCAUUGACGGUACUUCACAGACCUUGAGUGAACAGGAAAUCUUGUCUGUGAUCGAGAAGGUCAACCAAGUGUGUGAGCCUGGUGUGUCUCCAAACACAACUGCCAAUGGCACCUUACCCGCUGAAGGUCCAACAGAUGAACAGCUUCAGCUGGCGGUAUAUUUAGUGGGCAAAAUCGACAACUUUUCAGUCAGCACUUUGAACACUUUGGGGCAAACCGCAGUUGGACUGUCGCUGUCACAGGUUGACAAUAUUGAUGGGAACACUCUGGAGCAAGCCCUGCCAAUCCUGAGCACCGUCACAGGCUGGAACAUUGGCCAGGCUAAUUCCAUCGUAAACAAGCUCCUACAAGGCGGUUUUCAGGUCAUUGACACGGAUAGACUGCUGGGUCUGGGAAGCCUGAUUGCCGGUAUUCCCAGCAAUGUGUUCCGACGUAUUAAUCCCGAGAUAUUAAUCAAUGUAAUCUCAAACACGAGGUUUCUGCAGGACAUUCAAACAGCACCACAAUCUAUACAGACGAUCUGUGUUCUGCAGGUGCUGAGGAACGUCAAGAACCCAGCCUCCACUGUGAGGAAAAUCCCAUCUGGUCUCGUCAAAGAGAUUCCACCUGUGCUGUUAACCUCCAACUUAAGCGUCAUCGACGUCAACAAUAAAAAGUGGACUCCCAGUCAGGCUGCCGUUUUCUUUCAAGCUGUGGUCAAAUCCAACAACAAUUUUGAGACAUAUUCACAAGCUGUCCUCAGAGGCUUUAGUUGUGGUGCAACGAAAACCCUCCCAUUCCCAGUGUUCCUGAAGCUCGUUCAAGCAGUGAAGGAUAAAGAGGUUGUGCUGGAUGAAAGUCAGCUUGAGUGUAUGGCUGGAAGGCUCACUUCUGCAAAAACUGAUGUCACAUUGGAUGCCUUACCUGCGGAUGUUCUGCUGUUCAAUUAUCAAUACUUCAGGACUCGGUUCAACUGCCGGGAGUUCUUCAAGUUAGUUGGGAAAUCGAACGUUAAUACCUUACGGAAAGUAUCAGCAAGAAAGCAACGUAUUCUGAGUGAUGCCAAGACCUGCCUGGGAAUUACUGGCAACAAGCUGACGAAGGAGAGUGUGACCACAUUCGGUCGAUUGGUCUGUGAACUUGAUGGAAAUGCAAUCCUGGCAUCUGAUAUAACUAUUCUGGAAGCAUUAAAAAAAUGUGGCACCUAUCAAGAAGAUCAGAAGAUUGCAAUUGAAGUUCUCCUCAGAAAUGGAAAAAGCAGAUAUGGUGUUCCUUCAUCCUGGUCCUCGUCUACGAUACAAAGCAUUGGAAAUCUUUGUUUGGCCUUGACUGACACAUGGAGUGAAAUCGACAGGCCAACCCUUGAUGCAGCUCUGCCAAGAUUUAUCAAGGAAAUCAAAAAAUCACAACCUCGUGAAGAAGUGUUGAGAUUUAUUGAACAGCUCAAGUUAGGAGGAAGGUCGAACAAUACUGCAACCUGUACAGAGGGAGUGAUAGCUCCUGAGGACAUCAAUGACCUGACGCCUGCAAUCUACGAUGCAGCCCAGUUGGACCUUUGUUUGAGUGAUGCUGUGCUGAAAGAUAAUGUUCUCCAACUGGGAUCUCUUGCCUUUGAUCAAACACAGCUGAAAGUGCUGAAAAAGAGACUACUGCAAAUCUAUCGUAAUGGACUCCCAGAAAACCAGCUACAACUGUUGGGCAAUAUCUCCAUUGUAUUUACUGCAGCCGAAGUCAGCAGCUGGAAUAUCACUCGAGUGGAGACACUUGGCGCAUUAAUGAAUCAGCCGCUGGAAAACACAAUGGUUAGAUCCAUUAUUGCAAGAUUUCUCCAGUUAGACGGUAAUCUAAAUGCAGUAUCUUUGAAAGGCAUUGGUGGAAUCAAUUUGUGCUUUUUGGACCAAGAACAACUGAAGACCAUUUCAAACUUGACGGAUGCUGGAGCAUUGGAGCUCUCUACAUGUUCACAGCAAAAGAAACGUUUACUUUAUGACUUGGCCUUCACCACUCUGAGACCCCAAAGACGUGACCCAAUACCCUUCUUUCAGCUGAUGAGGCCAUAUGUUGGUGGUGCCCGAGCUGAUGAUCUGAGGUUCCUGGCAAAUAACAGCGUUAACAUGGACUUCGCCACCUUCCGAGGGUUGGAUCCUGAGGAAGUCAAGAAACUGAGUGCUGAUACUCUGAUCAAUUUACUUGGAGUUUACCUUCCAACUCUGCAAAGCGGAGUGAACGAAACAGUGGUGAUGGUUUGGGUGGCUUCACACCCCGAAUCUGAAGUGAGGAAACUUGGGCUGGCAGGAGGUAUUCCAGUACCUCAAGUUGAUGACAGACCAGGUAAUGCUAUGGUUAAUGAAACUACCCUGUGUGCAGCAAUAGACAGUUCGGCUUUGAAUACGUUCCUGCUUGAUGUUAACGUGACCCAACUUUGCAACUUCAGCAUUACAGACUAUGCAUGCGCUAAGGCUGAUCUACUUGUCUCCAGUUUAAGCAGUGACGAUUUAGCUGGUGUCAUUUAUUGUUUCGUUGGUCCAAAACCAUUGAACAGAUCAGAUGAAUCUGCACUGACCAUUUUUAUUCGGAAACUUAACAGAACCUUGCUGACUGAGGCACUGGACAAUUUCAACAACAAGACUUUGAACACGUCUUCAAUUCCCCUGAUGACAAAGAUCACGUUUAUGAAUGCCCUGUGGGAGUCUGUGAAGACCUUUGACAACUUAACGAGCGUAUCUUUCCUGAGGGAAUGGUUCCAGAAUCGCUUCCGGCUGUUCAUAGCCGGAAUUUCCCAGUUCGUGCUAAACCCUUUGCUGACAAGAAACAUUAGCUGUGAAGGUUACCAAGCAGUUGUAAAAGGCCUGAGUAAUGGAUUCCGGGAGAUGCCGCGAGAGACAAGAAAGACCGUAUUAAACGUGUGGAUCCUUAAUUACCUUGACAACACAGGUGCUGGCUGUAUCAGCAACACUAAUGGAUCCAGAGAUUGGCUUUUGAAGAACUGGGGAAUGUUCAGUACUCUUGUUCAAUUAGACAUUUUAACCAGGAGGAACCCAAGCUUCAACCCACUCGAUGUGGCAGAAUUACUGACGCCAUCCCAACUGGGAGAGUUCGCUGGUGGGAACGGAACAUUGCGUAAUGCUGACGAUGUUCGGAAGAUUAUCAACAGCAUCACCACUGAUACUGUUCUCCAGUUCGUCGAGGCAUUCAGGACCGCUCACAACCAGAAUAACGUGGUUUUCCCUCCUGGUGUCAGAACAACAUUGCUGCAAGAAAUUCUGAACCGUACGCAGGCAAUUCUUUCAAACGCCAACGUCGCUGAACUUCAGGUCUGGUUUAACACAAGGCUGCAAGGAUUACUGCCAGGGCUCACAGAAAACAUGCUGCCCUUGAUCUUUGUCACCGAGGAUUGUAAAGGAUUUCAAGCCAUAGUCUCAGCAUUGACCAGAGUCAAAGAGCAACUGGAUAUUAGCGUUCAAGUAGCCGUUUUUAAAUUCAUCUUGGCUUACACUAAAGAAACCCCUCUUCGCUGCUAUGAAAAUGAUAGUUUUACCCUUUACCUGAGCAGCCAGUUUCAGAAUUUCUCCGACUUUCUAACACUGUCUGAUGCCUUAUCGUUGGUUCCAUCAAUCCGCAUUGCUGAGGUGUUACAAGCCACAGACCCCAACGAUCUGGCAAAUUUGUUGAGCAGGCCAGGGAUCAUUGACGACAGCAACUUACUGACCACGGUGUUAAUUAAUUACCAGCCCAUCCAGAACCUGGCAGCUUUUGUAGAUCGGUUCAACCAAAAGACACUCAAUGGAAAUCUGACAGAUGUUAACCAAGCUGCCAUCAUAAUAGGUCUUUGGCCUCAAUAUGUUAACAACUUACCUGCUCUCAAUGUGACAGAACAGGAUGAAUGGCUGAACUCGAGGCUAAAUCCAUACCUGCCCUCCAUCACCAUUGAUCUCCUGACUUCCAACGAAACCUUGGGAAUCCCAUGCCUUCCAUUCAGGAAAAUUGUGAAAACUUUGAGUGGUCGUUACCUUGACUUUACCCCUGACAAACAAAUAGAAAUCUACAGUGGCAUCAGAACCUAUCUACAGCAAGAUCCUAAACCAAGAUGCUACAAUGUCACUAAUCCAGUCCUGAACUCCACUGCCUGGUUUGCUGAAUACUUGGGACUUUUUAUGAAUCGCGUGUCAGUAGCCGAUCUUCUGUCUUUUGCCAACGAAUCAAUUCUUCAAGACUUUGCAACAGACCCUGAAAACCAGGCACUUCUAAAUCAAGUGACACUUCCCAUUGCUCUCUCAAAGUUCUACAUUAAUUUACUGGAGACUAGAGAUCCAACUAUUAAUAUUUCAGGGAUUCCAGAUUCCCUUAUUUGCUUCAUUGGUGAUGGAAAUGUCAUUCAAGGUGUGACUGAGGAACAAGCCUUGACUAUUCUUGAAAAGGUGAACCAAAUCUGUCAGAACAAUGUGUCAUCGGAUGCAGCAGAUGAUGAACUGAGCAAGCUGUCACGUUCGUUGCUGACGAAGGUUUCCAAUUUUUCUGCCAGUACUCUGAUAAACUUGGGACAAGCUGCUGUCGGAUUCUCUAGGACACAGAUUAUAGCUACGGCCGCCACCAACAUUGUGCAAGCCUUGGCCAGUCUGAGUACUGUCAGAGGGUGGCAACUUGACCAAUCCAAGCAAAUUAUAGCCAAGUUAUCCACUCUGGGUUACCAGUUCAAUAACACAAACAACUUGGUCAGGAUUGGAACCUUGAUAGAUGGUAUUCCAAUCAGUGUAUUAGAGAAUAUUGGACCCACUGUACUUGCCAAUGUCACCACCAACCUUGAAUUUGUCAGAAAUAUUCAAGAUGCAUCAUCAGCUGCUCAGCAGAUAAUCACCCAGAAGAUUUUGCAAACAGAAAGUGACCCCGUACAAGCUGUGAGGAAGAUUCCGAGUGAAUUAGUUAAAAAUAUCCCUUCCACGCUGCUCUCCUCUGAUCUGCAGUUUAAUGACGUCAAUAAUAAAUCGUGGGUACCCGAUCAGGCUGCUGUGUUCUUUGAAAAUAUUAUCUCUAAAAACAAAAGAUUUGAAACCUUCUCGCCCUCUGUCCUGCAAGGCUUCAGUUGUGGUGCAGCAGUGACCCUGAACGACACCUUGUUUCUUCAGCUCAUUGAAGCCAUGAAGAACAAAAGGGCCGUGCUUGACGAAAGUCAGCUGAGCUGUAUGUCUUAUAGACUGACAUCCAAUGGCACACCAUCAAACACAGACAGUUACCCUGACGAUCUUCUGUUGUAUUUCAAUUCUGCAGACUUCAGAACACCUCGAAGCUGUAAGAGAUACUUUAGAGGAGUUGGGAGGUCAAAUAUAGAUCUCUUACGAAAAGGAUCAUCUCGGCGACAAAAGCUGUUGAGAAAUGCCUUUUCGUGCCUGGGCUCUGCUGGUAGAAGGCUGACAAGAGACGAUGUGGCAGUUUUAGGCCGCUUGUCCUGUGACCUUCCAGGGACCAACAUCUCUAACUGUGACAUUACUGUCUUGGAUUCAUUGAAGGAAUGUACCUCCUACUCAGACGAUCAAAUGAUGGCAAUUGAAUUCCUGCUCAAUACCGGAACCAGCAGAUAUGGUUCACCAAGUUCAUGGUCCUCCAACACAGUGGAGAAUGAUCUCGGAAAUCUUCCUUUGGCUUUAACUACAACCUGGAAACAAGUGAAUCGGUUUGCUUUCAAAGCAGCCCUCCCAAGGUUCAUCAGGAAAGUAAAAAAGGUUAAAAGAGCAAAAGAGGUCGUUAGGUUUCUGGGCCGUCUCAGAAAAAACAGAAGAUCCAAGCGGGCAACAGGCUGUACUGUUGCAGAGUUGAAUGCCGGUGCCAUUGAUGAGCUAAUCCCAGUGAAUUAUGAUGCUGCCCAGCUGGAAGCCUGUUUGAAUAAUACAGUGUUUAUAGAUAUCGUGGAGGUACUGGGAACUCUGGAUUUUGACACUGAUCAUCUUGAAGUUCUGAAAAAUAAACUCAGCGAGAUUUACCCCGGCGGUAUACCUGAAAACCAGAUUCAGCUGCUGGGAAACAUCUCCACUGUAUUCAAUGUGACCGAGAUAAGCAGCUGGAAUAUCACCCAAGUUGAAACACUUGCUGCAUUAAUGGCCCAAGAACUGGAAAACACAAUGGUUGAAGCCAUCAUUACAAAAUAUCUCCAGAGUGGUGGAACUCUAAACGCGAUUUCAUUGAAAGCUAUUGGUGGACCAAACCUGUGCAUCCUGAACGAGAGCCAACUCAUGACCAUUACAGAACUGAUGAAUGCUGGUACACUGGAUAUCUCUACAUGCACUCAGUCAAAGAAGAACCUGCUUUACAAACUAUCAGUGAAUGAAUUAGCAUCUCAGGCAAACAACACCAAUGCGUACUUCAAUCUAGUAAAGCUAUUCCUUGGUGGUGCCAGUGCAAGCGAUCUGCGUGAACUUGCAAAUAAUAGUGUCAACAUGGACUUUGCAACAUUUGUAAAACUGAACCCUGAAGAGGUGAUGAAAUUUACUGUUAAUGAGUUGCAAGGCUUGCUUGGGAUUAACAUUCCUGGUCUUCAAACUGGAGCUAACGAAACGGUGGUGUUAGCUUGGGUGAACUCACACUUCGUGUCUGAAGUAAGGAGUGUUGGGUUGAUGGGAGGAAUACCAGAUCCUUUACCAGAACCCGAACUUAACUUUAUGUGUGGAAACAUUAUACACAAUGAAACCGCUUUCUGUGCAACUAUAAACAGUUCUGCUGUGGAUGAUUUCUUGAUGUCUGUUAAUGAGACACAGCUCUGCAGUUUCAACAUUACAGACUACGCCUGUGCUCAGAGUAAUAAACUUAUGGGAAAUCUAAACAGUGAGCAUCUGACGACUUUAUUCAAUUGCUACACCUCAACGAGGGCUCUCUCCAGGCAAGAUGAAACAGCACUGGGCAUAUUUGUUCAGAAGCUUGACAAAACCAUCCUUAACGAGGCACUGGAUAAAUUUAACAACAAGACUCAGAACACGGCAUUGAUUCCUCUGGGGUCGAAGAUCACGUUUGUGAAUGCUCUGUGGGAGGUGGUGAGGACCAGUGAAAACUUAAACAGUUCUGACGUCCUGACGAAGUGGUUCCAGCAGCGUUUCAGACCGUUCAAUGCCGCCAUCUCCUCACAAGUGCUGAACUGCCUUUUGACACAGAAUAUAACUUGCCAAGGAUACCAAGCAGUCUUACAAGGACUCAACGAUGCCUAUGGAGAAAUGCGACAGAUAACAAGAAAGACAGUAGUAAAAAUAUGGAUUCUUGGCUACCUCAACAUCACAGGUGCAGGAUGUAUCAGCAACACAAAUGGAUCAAGAGACUGGCUCAUGAAAAAUUGGGGAAUGUUCAAAGACUUUGUCAACAUAGAGGAUUUCGUCAGCCUGAAUUCCAAUUUCAAUGCAUUUGAUGUUCUGGACAUUCUCAAUCCAAGACAUCUGUCCCAGCUAACUGUCGGCUCUUUGAAUAACCUUAACAACAUCAAUGAAAUCCUCAAUGCAGUUGUUAGCAGAAACUUCACGGGACUGAAGGAAUACAUGAACUACUUUGUCAACAACACACAAGUGAUGGAUAUUCAAGUUAUUCAGAACACCACAGUGAGGGACGUGAUGCUCAAUAGGAUCAUGCAACAGUUAGAAGCCCAGUUUCCAGCAUUUAAUGCCAUGGACUAUGCCGACUGGUUCCAGACUAAAUUAACACUUCUGCUGCCCAGUAUUGGAUCUCAAACUCUUGCCCUCAUACCCUCUAACAGAGCCUGUGAAUCGAACCAAGCCAUAAUCAAAGGACUGGACAACAUUUAUCCAAGUUUAUCACCUGCUCAGAUUAGCACCAUCUACACGUUUACAACAAAUUAUCUCUCCCUACAACUUAAUUCAACAGGUGCUGCAUGCACUGGAAAAGCUUCCGAGAGCCGAGACUGGAUAUUAAAGAACUUCGGCAAAUUCCGAUCACAGUCGCAAUACAGUGAAUUAAUAUCCCUGAACAGCAACUUUACGGGGGUUGAUGUUGUAGAUUUGCUCACGCUCAGACAGCUCGCACAAUUAUCUGCCAGCAAUGGAAUUCUCAGCAGUCCGGUUAAUGUACGGAAGAUCAUGAACCGUACCUCAGCUGACAACAUUACUGAGUUUAUGGACAUCUUCAGUCGUGAUGCUAAGCAGAACAAAAUAUCGUUGGCUCCAGAGGUGGGAACUGUGUUAUUGAGUGAAGUUCUAACCCGCGCUGAACCAGUCAUUUCCACUUCUAAUGAAAAUGAGCUUCAGGUCUGGCUUGAUACUAGACUCCAACUCCUGAUUCCACAACUGAAUGGAAAUUUGACCGAUAUACUUUUAACUAACAGCAGCUGCAGUAAAGCUCAGAUCAUAAUACGAACUCUGAAUGCACGGAUUUCCGAAUUUCCAAGGAAGAUUCAGCAGCAACUGUAUAGGAGCAUUAGAGAUUAUCUCCAAGCAGGCCCCAAAACAAGAUGUUAUAAUGCAACAAACCCGGCUUUGAACUCAACUGCCUGGUUUGCCAAUUACAUUGGGAAAUUUCUGGUUUAUACAAGCAUAGAUGACUUGACCUUGCUGACUGAUAGUGCAACAUUGAAGCUAUUUACAGCCGACCAGAGCAAUCUGAAUCUUCUGAUGAAUCUUAAUCUUCCAAAAGAUAUCCAAAGGUUUUAUGCCAGUGCACUGUUCACAAAUGGAGCCAUUAAUGUCACAGGCAUUCCUGACAGCUUGGUCUGUUUUAUUGUUGGCACCCCAUCAUUUGAAUCUUUAAACGCUCAGCAGGCUUUAGUUUUGCUCGAAAAGGCAAACCGUGCCUGCCUGAAUCCCAGUGCAAAUGGAACUGCACCCACUGACAUUCAGAUACAGCUUGCAAAUGCCCUUGCAAGUAAAAUUGAUGUCUUAUCAUCGGAUAAUCUUGUUACACUGGGCCAGUCGGCUGUUGGACUCUCAAUAACACAGAUCGGUACCAUCAAUGAUACUGAUGUACUGAAAUCCCUGGGAACCUUGGGCAAGGUGCAAGGGUGGACUCCUGGAGCAGCCAAUGCAUUGGUCGCAAAGUUAAUUAGUGCAAACUUCCAGUUUAACAAUGCCACCAACCUAUUGUCAAUGGGAUCCUUGGUAUCUGGUCUUUCAAGUGGCAUGUUGAAGAAUAUCAAUAAUAGUGUGAUCGUCGAUGCUGUUAAUGACAGCACAUUUGUUGACAACAUAUUGCUUGCUUUUGCACCUUCACAACAAAUCGUUGUCCAAAAGAUUGCUCAGACUUCGAGUGACCCCAGUAUACUUUUACAAAGGGUUCCAGCCAAGCUUGCUACUGAAAUCGCUUUGCCUCGACUGAGUUCUCGAGAUAUCACUCUUAAUCUGGUGAACGGAAAGCAAUGGAACCACUUCCAAGCUGCGGUGUUUUUUAGGACUUUGAUACGAAAUUCUACCUUAAAUUUUGAUGAUGCAUCUCCCUCUGUUCUGCAAGGAUUUAGUUGUGCAGCAGGACACAAUUUGAACAUUAAACAAUUAAGAAAGUUUGUUAAAGCCACAAGGGGUAAAGCUUCACUGAACAGUGAUCAGCUGAUUUGCAUGUCUAGAAGACUGAAUGCCAGUGGAACCCCAUCAAACAUUUCUGACCUACCUACAGAUCUCUUGAUAUUCUACACACCUGAAGCAUUCCCAUCUGAAAACUGUACAAGCUUCUUCCGUGCUGUUGGGCAUUCCAACAUUAACGUUGUAUCACAAGGAUCUCAAGUCAGAAAGGAUCUGUUGCAAAAUGCUAAACUCUGCUUGAAUAUUUCCAAUCAAGGCCUGUCAAGAGAUCAGGUGCUAAUACUAAAUAAUCUAGUCUGUGACUACGAUGGAGACAUAACAAAGGCAGAUAUUUCUAUACUGGAGGCUUUGAAAAACUGUAACGAAUACACACCUACUCAGAAAUAUGCAAUUAAUGUCCAGCUUAAUCGUGUUACACGAUAUGGUGACCCCUCCACAUGGAAUACAUCCACACUCGAAAACCUGGAAACACUUGUGUUUGCUGUGAAUGGAACUACAUGGAGUAAAGUCAACAGGAAUGUUAUUUUAGAAGGUCUGAGACCAUACGUGGGGAGAAGUUCAAUGUUCAAAAUUAAUAGACAAAGAGGUUUGCUCCAAAGACUGUUCUUCUCAUCAUCUCGAAGAUCAAGAGCUGCAACUGGAUGUACGAUUGGUGAAAUCACAGCAUCAAUGACAUUUGACGUAAUGCUUCCUGCACUAUACGGAGCUACAGAACUAGAGAAUUGUCUGAAUAAUACUAUUCUGAAGGAUUACCUGUUUCAACUGGGGAAACACGCAUUCGAUGAAGUGCAACUUAGAGUUUUACAGAAAAAAUUGAAUCAGAUUUACCCUAACGGAAUUCCAGAAGACAAGAUUCAAUUACUGGGAUACGUUACUUCAGUAUUCAACUCUACUGACAUUAACACUUGGAGUGUGACCAAACAGGAGACCCUGUCAGCAACUCAGCCAAACAGCCCGAAUGAUGGCGUGAGCAAAGCCAUUCUUUCAAGGUACUUAACUGCAUCUGGAGUAAUAGAUACAGCCACGCUGAACAUUGUAGGUGGUAGAGUGUUGUGUCUUCUUGACGAGAGCAAGAUCCAGACAAUCAGCCCUACUAAUAUCAGUAACGCAAACCCAUUGAAUAUUUCCUCGUGCUCUCAAUCGAAGAUAAACUUAAUUUACAACAAAGCAAAGACCGCAGUCGAAACACAAAAUAGUGAUCAAGCCAUCUACUACACCCAGAUGAGAACAUACCUUGGUGGUGCAACAACAGGUGAUUUGCAGUCUCUGGCAUCGGGCAACAUCAGCAUGGAUCCAUCUGUAAUCCUGGCACUGAAUCCCGAGGAAUUUAAAGAUCUUAGUACAGGAGAUGUGAAAGAUCUGCUUGGAAUUAAUCUUGAAACCAUGAAAACUUAUGAAAAUUCUACGUUGGUUGAAACCUGGAUAUCAAAACACACAAACGUUGAAGUGGCGAGUCUGGGAAUUGGUCUGACAGGAGGAAAUAAAAUCCCGGUCCCUGGUGGCGUAAUCAACAUUCCAGUGAUAGAAUCGGCAUCACCAUCCAUCAACAAGAAUUGCCUAAUGUGUAUAAUUCACACACUCUCUCUCAGUGUGAUAAUCAGUGCAUUGCAAACAUGGUUGUUAUAGAAACCUGGAUGUACUCCAUAUUGCAAAUGUAAAACUAAGGAAUUAUCAGCCGGUGUUAAUACAGUUUAAAUGUGCCAAAUGCUAGCAUUUACUGUAAGAUUUACUUGUAUACAACGUUCAACCAACAAGAUAAAUACUUUCUAUUAUAAACCUGGCUUUGCAUUUUAGAAUUGAUUGUGGCAUGAUUAUUGAAGAGAGAUAAAUUGCCAGGCAAACCGAAUCAUGUCAAAGUCCAUUGAUUUAAAAUCAACAAAGAAAAAUAAGAAUCUUUUUAAUCAGAGUUCAGUGAUUUAGAAUGUAAGCUAAUAAAUAUAAAAGUGUAAAUGAUACGUAAAAUAUAAUUGUGUAAAUAAUGCACAGUUCUGAGACAAAUUUUAUUUUCGGGUUUAAAUUUUUACUUUUGUUCUUUAAAUUUUGGCAUGAAAGCUAAGCUUGAAACAAAUAUAUUUUUCAAUGAAUAUGUAAACAAAUUAUCUUUAACUAGGAUGGGUGUAAUUUCUCAGAAUGGAAAAUGUGACAAUAUUUUAAAUACCAACUCGUAAUUUAUUACACCAAAAUGAGAUAAUGCAUGUUUUUAAAUUAAAUAAAACUUGAAUUCCACAUAA